UUACUCCUUAGGUUUUUAUUUCCCGAGCUUCCAGAAGAGGGCAGCACCAUUCCUCUCUCCGCUCCUCUGCCCACAGAAAGGAAAUCCUUCUGCACUGGGAAGUCAGAUUCCAGAUCCGAAUCCCCAGAGCCGGGUUACGUGGUAACCAGUUCUGGGCUGCUGCUUCCCGUGCUCCUGCCUCGGCUCUACCCACCACUGUUCAUGCUCUAUGCCCUGGAGAACGACCGUGAGGAGGAUGUUUACUGGGAGUGUGUUCUGCGGCUGAACAAGCAGCCAGAUAUUGCUCUGCUGGGCUUCCUUGGGGUGCAGAGGAAAUUUUGGCCAGUGACCUUGUCAAUCCUUGGAGAGACUAAAAAGGUUUUGCCAACCACAAAAGAUGCUUGUUUUGCCUCAGCCGUGGAAUGUCUACAGCAGAUCAGCACAACGUUUACCCCAUCAGACAAACUGAAAGUCAUCCAGCAGACUUUCGAGGAGAUCUCUCAGGGCGUGCUGGCGUCUCUGCAGGAGGACUUCUUGUGGUCCAUGGACGACCUGUUUCCUGUUUUCUUAUAUGUGGUGCUACGGGCCAGGAUUAGGAAUUUAGGCUCUGAGGUGCAUCUCAUUGAGGAUCUAAUGGACCCAUAUCUUCAGCAUGGGGAACAGGGCAUAAUGUUCACCACCUUGAAGGCAUGUUACUACCAGAUCCAGCGUGAGAAGCUUAACUAGGUUGCGUAACAGCUAACAACUGGAUUAUCUCUACAGAGUGUUAUAGCACCAUCUGGCACCUUCCUGUAGUGGCAAAAAAGAAUGGUCUUGAAGUUAGGAUGUUGUGUUGUUUUGGUUAUUUCUGAGCCUUAUAAUGAUCAGAGCUCUGAGCCCAGAGGAAGAGACUGUACAGUUUAAAGGGAAGAUCGAAAAGGAGGUAGAAUUCAGGUUGGACCAGUCCCAUCUACUACUGUUUGAAGAAAGAGGACACCCCUUCCUUCGGCGAAGGGUACGCUGCUCCACACUAUCAGGAAGGUUCUCACGUUCAGGACGUCGAUGGACAUUUUUGAGUUUCUGGUUUGCCUGCAGUCACCCCAGACCCUUUUGCAAGGAGCAGAUUGUUCUCGAAACAACGGUUACCACACUCUGCCUUCCUGGGUUCCUUGCAGUCCUGGGUGCAUCCUGCUGCUUUGCUGAGACGGGGGCAAGAGGAACUUUUAAACUGCAGUUUUAACUUUUUCUAAGCUUUUCCACCAGAGUAUUCAUCAGAGGAGAGAGGUUCAAUAUAAUGACCAACAAGUUCCAACCCCAAACAAGGAUUGUGUCCAAAUAGGAGUAUUCUGCCUCCUGAGUAAAAGAACAUAGGAAUCUUGUCCUCGGUUUCCUUACAGUGAGUGCUACAGGGUGAAUACGCUGGACUCCAACCCUGACUCUGAGCUGCUGCGGAUCCGCCCCUGUCCAAAGGCGGUGCCUGAGGCCUGGGAAUGAGGCGAAGACUUUUGCAUGCAGGCUGCAGUGGAGCAAAGACUAGGAGACAGGGAAGCGGAGCCCUGCAUCUGCCCCUGACCUAGUGUGCUUCCCUGUGCCUCAAAGGGAAGAAAAAGGAAACGCGCUCGGCUUUUCCCAUCUCACAAGUAUUGUGACACCUCAACAUCGUAGUGUUUUGCUUUUUUAUGUUGUAAGUGGUGGGUUUGUACUGUACAAGUAACACUAGUAGCUGUUUGGAUAACAUAGGUGCUCUUCCUCAUCUCAUCUGCACACGUGGGGAGCGUACGGAGUGUCCUGAUUUAUGUGAAACAUCAGCAGAUGCUAACAAACAGGAUCAUGGUUUUUGCUCUACUUUAUAAUCAAGACGAGUGUUUAUUAAAAUACUGUUUUGGAAUGUUGGCUGUAAUGUAACAGCAAUUUUCAUAAUAAAAGACAUUCAUCUUUA